AUGCAAGAGAUGGUCAAAUCCGCCGCCACCUUCAGUGACCACCAAACCCCCAACCAGGCAGAGCGCAGCAGAGCCGGGGCUGCCCUAAACGCACUCAUCAAAUGGCGUCUACAGAAACAGAGACACGUUGAGGCUGUGCUUAAACGAGCACUGAAGCCACAGAGCACUAUCAUACGGAUGCAGCAGAUGGGCAUGCAGCCCACGACGCAGCAACAGGCCACCCGCGCGGCAGGUAUGGCACUCGAGUGUGGGGUGUAUAGGGCUAUGGAUGGAUGGAUGGAU